AUCGUGAAUGCUUGCUUGCUUUUUGAUUCAUUUUCCUCUGAAAAAAGUUUUCUGAAUUUCCUUCGAUUUCGAUACGAUUUCCGCUUCAUUUCUAGGGUUCGAUUUGAACGUUUUUUUUUUUUUUUUUUGGUGAUCUGAAGGUCUUGUUGUGAAAUUCAUUCGGACCUGUUGUAUUUUAGUUCUGCAUGCAUGUAGUUUUUCUUCGAAAACGGAAUCUGAUUUCGCUAAUGGUGCUUGAUGUGUCUGUAUGGUGAUGAUACUACUUUUACUCUCGGAUCUGUGCGAUCCAGUUCAAAACAUAUGUUUGUUAUGAGAUUUAUCAGCGUGUGGGUUUCUUCGAAAUUUUUAUUUUAUUUUUUCCCUCUUGGUGGUUUUUAUGGGGGCCGUUUCUUGCUAUGGUUUCUGGGUUUGGUGGUGGUGGCAAUCGGCAUGGAUUGAUGGGGAGAGUGUGAGUGUGAGUGUUGAGUAAGAAUGCUGAAGUUCCUAUCAAGGGUUCGGAUCGAGUUCAAUGCCUUGGACCCACGCACAGCCUCGUGCAUGGAAUUCUUGGCACAGUGCAACGCUCCCAAGGCCAAAGAAUCCAACCCUGCUUGUCAAAUCCAAGUCAAACGCCGAACCGACGACCACCCUCCCCAUAUCACGGUCACUUUCGUCAACGGAGUCGAAGAGGUUUACGACGCCACAUCCACACCGGCCCAGACCAUAAGGACUAUGAUUCUCGAUAAGGGUCAGUUCCUCGAGACCGAGCAAAUGUUCCGUGAAGCUGGUGAGGCUUGGCCUGUUUUUGUCCCCGAAGAGGAGCUCCGUCAGCACGCGCCUGGCACCAAGCCGAGGAAAGCAGAAGAGAAGAAGCAGUAAGUGUAUCUUAUCUGAUAUACAUAUAGCUUGGGAUCAUCAUGGAUGGUGGGUAGUUAGAUUUUGCUUCACAGAACAUUUCAUUUUUGGAAAGAAAAUGCCAUGUCAGACAUGAUGUUGAACCAUUCUUUUGGAUUGUGCUGCUAGCAUGUUUGUUCUGCUUCAUCGUGGAUGCAUCGGGUGAAUCACUGUGAUUUAAUUGAAUCCUCGCUGUAUGAGUUGUGGAUGUUUGGAAGUCUUUUGCUCCUUCGAUUCA